CUUGGAUGCAGCUGCUCGGCCAUGGAAACCCAUUCCAUGAAGCUCUCUAUGCACUGUUGUUGUGCUAAUCUGAAGGCUACAUGAAGUUUGGAGGUCUUUAGCUAUUUACUCUACAGACAGUUGAUGACUUCUGAGCACUGUGCACUUCAGCAUGCAAUGACCCCGCUAUGUCAUUUUACGUGGCUUGCUGGUGUUCCCAGUUGCUUCCACUUUGUUAUAAUACCACUAACAGUUGACCAUGGAAUACUUAGUAGCAAGGAAAUUUCACAGAUGGGCUUAUUGCACAGGAGGCAACGCUUGAAUUUACUGAGCUCCUGAUAGCAACCCAUUCUUUCACAAAUGUUUGUAGAAGCAGUCUGCAUGCCUAGGUGCUUGUCUUUAUACACUUGUGGCCAU